CCUCUCUCUCUGCCUCAUCCCAGCCCAGCCUACCCAUCCGUGCUCGUGUUCAGCAGUCCGUAACAUCGCAAAAAGAUUUAACUCUUGGUUUAUUCAGGACAUUAGGAAUCGGAAGAGGGACUUUAGGAAGAAGAAGAAGAAGAAGAAUAGGAAGGACAGGGGGAGCGCCUGCCUCGCUUGAAGCUUGAAGUUUUGACGGUUGCUCGAAGUUUGAUCUGCUCUUUUCUUGAUUAUCGACCGCCCGACCGAGCGACCCGUACGAAACUCGAAUUCGCCAACUCCCACAGUCUAUAACUCCUACGCUUAGACGCCCGCGUUCUUAUACCCUCUGACUACUACUAUGCCCGAACGUUCCUCGGAAUCACCACAGGCGGCUUCGGGUCCCAGUCCGCCUGCACAACAAAAUCAGACGGCGGCGAGCGCACCGCCUAGCACGAAUGCGAACAGUGGAGGUACGGGAGGAGGAGGGACAGGAGGUGGGACUGCGGUGGGGACGACGCUGCCUGGGUUUCCGCCGUCGACGCUUUCGAGGCCGUUUCGGUCGAGGAAGAAUAGGCCGUGCGAUGCGUGUAGAAAAGCAAAGACGAGAUGCGCGAUACCGGACGUAGGACCUCCCUGUGUCGAAUGCCAACAAACCCGGAAAAACUGCACAUUCGACGAACUGCCCCCCGAACGCAAAAAACCCGCCAAAAGACCUCCUCCUCCGCAAGACGACACGACCCUGCCCUCCCUCGCCGGACCUUCGCGUCCUAACGGCCAUCACCACCACAAUCCCGGGAGCGGUGGAUUCGGAGGUAGUGGAUUAGGAAGAGGAGGAGGAGGAGGAAGUGGAUAUGCGAGUCCAGGAGGAGCAGGAGAACCGAGUAAAAGACAGCGCACGUCGUCUGAUUUGGAGGGUAUGCAUGCGUUGAUGGAGGCUGCGACGCAGGCGGAGUAUUCGCCCUAUCAGCCGAAUGCGAGAUAUUUACCACAUCCGACGCAUUCGAGGACGAGGUGGAGUUAUGGCGCAGGUGGGGGGUAUACUUCCUAUGGCGGGAUUCCUCCCAGUGCAGGUUCAGGAGCAGGAGGGGGAGGGGGAGGGGCGAUGCCCCAUGCGAACGAACCGGCGAGUUUCGAUCUGAGCGUGUCGGAGACGUUGGCGCCACAUGUCAUCACGGUACUCUUAACGGACGAUCUGUUGCCGAUUGGGACGCGACAGGCGGGGCCGGAGAGUAGUCAGGCGGAGGUAAGCGGGAGCGGAGGGGGAGGAGGAGGAGGAGGGGGGAUCGGUGGGGGCAAACAGAAGAGUGGGUAUAUUAGACAGAUAUCGGUGGAUAGGAGUAAGCCGCAGUAUAUCAUAUUCAACCAUAAGGCGGAUCGCCGUCUGAACGCGCACCCAUCCGACGAACAACUCAACCUGAUCCGCGCUGCGCUCUCGAUGCUGAACCCCCCGCCACCCGAGAUCCAUCUAUUACUGACGUACCUGCACAUGUUCAACGCCGCGUUUCCGGUGCUGAUUCCCCCGCCGGCGCCGGCUUCGAUAUCGCAGCAGCAACAGCAGCAGCAGCAGCGAAGGAAUACGGGGACGGGGAUGGGUAACAGUAAGCCGUCGACGCCGAGUAGUGCGUCUACGACGCCGACGACGACGCCGACGGGGACUGUGGGAAGUCAGCAGUCUUCGCGUUUGCAAGGGAAUGCGAAUGCGAAUGGGGUUCGGAUACUCAAUACUUCGCCUGGGGCGUUCAAUAACACUGAGACCGGCAACAAUAACAACAACGAUUCCGGAACCACCUCCACUUCAAACCAGUCCAACCCCUAUGCUUCUCUACACCUCGAAUCCCAUCUCGACCCUCUCCUCCUGCGCAAGAUCUACCUGACCACCCUUGCACACACGCCCCUCUGGCGUUCCUCGUCGCGCAACGUCCGCAAGAUCGAUUUCACGGGCAAUGGGGGCGGGUUCGGGGGCGGCGGAUGCGGAUUUGGGGGUGGGGGAGGGGAGGAGGAGAGGGCGGUGGGGAGGCUGGUGGGGGUUAGUGUGGCGCUGUUGGAGGCGAGUGGGAGGCCGGUGUUGGAUGCGGAGGGCAGGUAUUUGGGGUUGGCGAAGACGAUCGCGCAGGCGCAGCUGUUGGGGCUGCAUAUCGACUGUACGACGUGGGCUUUGCCGGCGUGGGAGAAGGAUUUUAGGAAGGUGCUUUGGUGGGGGCUGAGGAUACACGAUGCUUGGAUGUCCUUCCUCAACUCAAGACCGUCACAUAUACAAUCCUCGAAUCAGAACGUCCCGCUCCCAACCAUCCAACAAAUAACCACCAUCACGUCGCACUCGCACCCCUGGCCCGUCUACUCCGACUCUCCCUCAAAUGCCAAUAACGACCGUGCUCGCCCUAUGGACAGGUCUUUCGGACAAGUACAGUCUCAGCGUGAAUCACGCUCGCCUGCGUCGGCUGCGACGUCUCCUUCAUCUGCGUAUGGAGUGUCGGGCGGACCUGGAGCACGAUCGAGCGCUGCACCUUCGCCGAUCGCUACGGCCACGGCAGCUACCUCCAAUCUUGCCAUCGCCCCGCAUCCCAAUCCCAAUACUCUCGCCUUCCAUCAGCAACAACAACUGCAGCAGCAGCAGCAGCAACAUCAGCAGCAACAUGACCUGACAGACCCUGCGUACCAGAACCCGACCCGAUCGGCAGAAUCAUUCCUGCAUCUCUGUCGCCUCUCGCUCCUCGUAUCGAAUUUCCAGGAGAGGGUGUGUACAUUGCAGAGUGAGACGCUGAGCAGACAGGAGAGGUUGGAGAGGGUUGUGGAGGUCGAGGGGAGUUGCGCGAAGUUGUUGGGCGAUGUGAGGAGGGAGUGGGGAUUCGAUGGGGCUAACUCGGCGGCGGGGAAGGAGACGGGGGCGGGGGAGACGAUACCUACGGGUGUGGCAUCGUUGAUGACGUGCUUGCUCGGGUUUAGGUGUAUGUUGAGGAGGAUAUCGAUUGAGUUGAAUAUUGGACUUGGGAGCCCGUUCACACCUGAUCCGGAGACGUUGGAAAUUUUCCGGGAGGUGGUGGAUUAUGUGGCUUCGCUUCCUGCGCCUGCGUACGAUGGCUUCUGGCUGCCAUAUGUCGGGCACAUUCUCUCCUCCCUCACGUCCUCACUCAUCCGUCUCUCCCUCGCCACAACCUCCACUCCGACCCCGCCCGAGUCAGCAUCGCACUCCCCGUCCCUCUCUCCACACCAUCAUCCUCAUUCGUCAUCGACAACGACCCUCCGCGCCUCAUUGCACACGAACCCUCUCGUCCUCCUUUCCAGACUCAUUGCUACCCUGCACACAGCGUACGAGAAGUACGACUGGGACCUCGCAGAACCCGCGCUGAUGAGGGCGGAGAACGUAGCGGCGUGUUUGAGGCCCAGCGUAGACGAGUUUGGAAACGUGGUGGCUGCUCUAGAAGGCCGGUUCGAUCUGCCAGCCGCCGUCGAGGCGAUGGGCGGAGUGGCCAGCGGUUCCGGCGCCGGCAAUGUCGGGGGUAGUGUUAGCGGUAGCAGCAAUGCGGACGGUUUGGCGCCCAUGGACCUCGACCGGGGCAAUAUGUCGGUAGGCAUUGGCGGGAUGGAUGCUGUGACGACGGGGAACGCGGGGCUUCAGGAUGUCAGUAUGGAAACCGGGUGGGACAUCGAUCUGAACGCAUUGGGUAUGGACUGGGUGGACGAGAUCAUCGCUGGGGUGGGGAUAGGCAAUGGAUGGGCGUUUGGGAUGGGUACGGGGUUAGGGCCGGGCCCAGCGCCGGGACAGGGACCCGUCGGUGUUGGUGUCGGUGUCGGGGGUGGCGGUGUGAGUUCGUUAAAUGGAGCGCUGGGGCCUACUCCGAACUUAUCUAAUACGAGUCCUGGAGCGGGGACGGCUGGUGGGAGUGGGAUGAUGGUGGACGGAGGAGGACAUCAUACGCACCAUGGCUUGGGGAAUGGAGGGGCAGGCUUUGUCCACCCGCAUGCGCAUCAACUUCAUCAUCCACAACAGCAACAGCAACAUCAUAGUCAUCAUCACCCCGGAGCGGGAGGUGGGCCGUACGGGAUGAAGGUCAACGUCGGUGGCGGCCCUAUCGCCGGCCCUGCGAGCGCCACUCCCGUUCCUUCACACACACAGCAACAGCAGCAGCGACGAAGGGCGCAAUCACAGCACCUUCAGCAUCCUCAGUUUGGGAAUAGCCAAGGUUCUGGGGCGCAGGGUGGAGGAGGGUCCGGGAGUGGGGGGUAUGUGUAGUGAGAUGAGUGGUUGUUGGCGUUGGGGCUUUUCAUUGACCCCGGUUGAUUCUGUUCCGUCGUCGUGGGUAUAUAUGAGGAAGACAUGCAGGGAAGGAAGGAUAUCCGGUGCUCUACGCACCUGUACUAAUACGCGUUGGAGCGCAGACGCGGCACUGGGGCAGAGGGAGAAGUAUCGCGCGAGGGGGCUGGCGAGAGGCAGGGGGGAAGCGGGGGAAGAGGAAGAGGAAGAGGGAUGAACACGGUCGUAGACGACAGGAUCCGUCAUCAACUCCUCUAGCCGACCUCGGCGGUGUUCCUAUAUUGCGCUCGGCUUGAGCGGCGUUUACCUCGAAAACAGCCCGGAUUGCACGCUGCGGCAUGCACUCGCUUCCUCUCGACCGUGUGCGAAAACAGCUGAAGUGCACCGUUUCGUCCACCACCACCGUACAUACUAAUUAUUUUUUCCUCGUUCGCUUUCGUGCCUGUUGUCCUCACUCUAUUAUUAGCGUCUAUCGUGUAUGUUUCUCGCUCAAGGUCUUUCUAUAUGUAUUUCCGUCAUCUCAAAUGGCCAGGAAGGGUUUCGUGGGAGGUUCGAACGGGGAUUAUGUAUAUGGUGAGGAGGAGUUCCAUCCGUCCGUCGGUGUGCGAUAUGCCGUCGGUUUGCCCUUAUAUAC